AUUUUUAAUUUAUUUCAAAUCUACAAACAAGGUUCCUAUUUCAUUAGCAUAUAAUCCUUUUUGCUCUCAUCGAUAUAUUCUAUUUUCUAUUCCACAACAUCAAAAAUCAACACCUCCAGCUCCAAUCCCUCAAACCAACAUCACUAUACACCCUACAUAUUAUUAAAUGAACACUAUGAACACUAUGGACACUAUGUCCACAUUCCCGAUGCCCACCGAUUCUGAGUUUAUCCUGGCUCAGGGUCGAAUGGCUCAAGAGAAGCGCCGCAGAGGUGUAAGCGAUGCCAGAAUCCCUUUUGCCAUGUCAACAAUAACAUGCGUAGUCGAGAGCACUGCUGGAAGGCGCCGAAACACAGUCAGCGCCGCCUCACUCUCAUCUCUCGCAUCACCGCCAUUAUCACCCUCAUCACCAUCAAUUUCGCCAUCGCCCAGAGUAUCCUCAACAUCGGCCUCGCAUAUGCUGUCGGCCAUGUUCAACAAGGACAAACAGCGCGUGGCGCCAUUGCUAGUGGGGAAAAUGGCCAACAUAUUGCCGCCGCAGGCGAGGAAGUCAGAAAUUAAAGAGGCAGAUGACUCGCACAUGAUGUUCUUCUCGCCAUUGACACCACCAAUAUCACCACCGGUGUAUACAGAGCAUGGGUACGCGCAUACGUCCGUGUCGCCUCCACUUUCGGCUAGUUUGCAGAGCAGAAGCAUUUCUUCCUUGGAUAUGCCAAUAUACGGGAAUGUUGCCGCGUGGUGUGAGGGCUGUUACAAAUCUCCUACUGCUGAGUCAGCUGGGCAGAAUCAGAUGCAGAAGCAGACGCACGAGACCAUUCAAUUGUUUUUGCUGGAUAGUAAGAAAAUUCGCUUGGCUCGUCCAAGGCUUGUCUGUAUUGGGUCUUCCGAAAAACAGUGAAAUGUUUUGAGUAAUUGAAAAGAAAAAACAUUUUGCUUGUUUUCGUACCGUGUAAUCCCGCCAACUCUGAUAAUUAUUUUGUUAAAAAUUUGUAAAUAAUAUCUUCA